CCCUGGCAGACGUCAUCAUGAAGAGUUUGCUGGCGCUAUUUGCCGCCGCGGUGUCGGCCACGUCGUAUGAAGGAAAGUUCCGCCACUGGAUGGCAACUUACGGCAUCGACAUCCACCCCACGGAAUGGAUCCACCGUUUUGAAAACUUCAUCUUGAACGAUCAGUUCAUUGUUGAGCACAACAGUAAGGAGGGGUCGUCCUACACAUUGGGGCACAACAAGUACUCGCACAUGUCGUUCGAGGAGUUUAAGCGCCACCGAAUGGGGCUUCGCGUCCCAGAGAGCUACAUCGACGAGCGCCUGAAGUCGUCGGUCAAGGUAUUCAAGACUUCAAACGUUCCCGAUGAAGUCGACUGGGUCGCUAAAGGAGGCGUGACCCCUGUGAAGAACCAAGGGAUGUGUGGCUCUUGUUGGGCCUUUUCCACAACUGGUUCGGUUGAGGGUGCGGCGUUUGUCUCGAGCAACAAAUUGGUGAGUUUGUCGGAACAAGAGCUUGUCGAUUGCGAUCACGACGGUGACAUGGGCUGUGGCGGAGGCUUGAUGGAUCAUGCAUUUGGUUGGAUCAAGAAUCAUGUGGGCCUCUGCAAAGAGGAAGACUACACGUACCAUGCAAACCAGUCGACCUGUGUCAAGUCCAAGUGUACCGCGGUCACCAAAGUGACAGGGUUCACCGAUGUGGCAUCCAAUGACGAACAUGCAUUGAAGGCGGCGGUGGCACAGCAGCCCGUGUCGGUGGCUAUUGAAGCGGACCAGCCCGAGUUCCAAUUUUACAAGUCGGGGGUGUUCAACAAGAGCUGUGGGACCAAGUUGGACCACGGUGUCCUUGUCGUCGGCUACGGCAUCCAGGACGGUAACAAGUAUUGGAAAGUGAAGAACUCUUGGGGCGAAGACUGGGGCGACAAAGGUUACAUCUAUUUGGCCCGCGAAACCGGCGUCGAACAAGGUCAAUGCGGAGUGGCGAUGGUCCCGAGCUAUCCAACUGCUUCCAUUAUCAGUUCUGACAUGGAGUUCGCCGCCUUGCACGAAGAUGACAAGCCGGUGGUUAACGUUGGCUCCACUGUGACGAUUGCACAGUGCGGCGACUUGUCGACAGAAUUAGUGUCGUUCAACAACCUGACGGUCACCCCGAAAGACCCCAAGCGAGGCCAGCCGAUCCACUUCCUCGGCAACGGCGUUGUGAAGACUGCGUUUGACUCUGCGCAUUUGUCGAUUGCUGUCAAGUUGGCGGGCCAACUGGUCUACAGCCACUACGGCAGCUUGUGUGGGAAAACCCACAUUCCAUUGCCCCUUGGGUUGGGUCACAUCGAUGUGGUGGGUUUGACGUGCCCCGUCCAACCAGGCAAGUUUGACGCGCUGCAAGUGUCGCUGAAUCUACCCCGCAUUGCCCCCGAAGGCAACUACGAAGUGUACUUGACCAGUGACAUUGGAAAUGCCAAGCAGAGCGUGUUUUGCGUCCAAGUCAAAUUGGACCUCAACGAGGGCAAUGACGCGCGGGGAGAAGUGUAUGAUUUGCUUGCGCUGUCUUAAUUCCGAGGUAACGUCGAGCUGCCUUCAUGGGUUUAUUUGUCGCUGGAUGAAUCAUUCACAAAACGGAUUCACGAGUCAACAAGCUUGGCAGUAGAUCGGACAACCUCGAUGUAGUGCUAUCAUGCCGAAGUCGUCGACAGCCGCCUCGCUCAAAG